AUGUGUUCACAAUGGAUGAUUAUAUUCAUGUUACUUCCAUUCUUACAAGUAGCUCUUGCUCGUAUAAUAGGUCUUGAUGAACAUGUUGCAGGUGAAGAUCUCAAAGAAGAUCAGUUUGGGAUCGCCAGCUCCUAUUUUUAUAAGCUGACGAAUAAAUACUCGGGUUCGAAUCGUACAUUAGAGACUAUCAUCACCGGGGACAAUCCAGAAGACAUCAAAAUGAGUCUAUUUCAUAACUAUGACAUUGGAUAUUGGCGCUUUAUUCGUUUAAGUAACAAUAAAUACAGAAUACAAAAUUAUGUUUAUGGUGGUAGCAUGUCACUUGACAUCGUUAAGUAUAAAAUGAAGUACAAACUACACAUGAAUGAAACGGCUGAUGUCUUAGGACAAUAUUGGCAUCUAACACGUUUAACUGAUAGAUCAUUUAGAUUCACAAACGAUUUUUCAGGUCCUAAAAUGGCUUUAGACGUUCAAGCUGAUACGCACAAACCCAUAAUGUCAAAAAUAGCUGCGAAUCAUCUUGGACAACACUGGAUCUUUAUGAAAGCUGGAAAGUACAGCAGUAAUUGA